CGGAGCGCCAGUUGAAUUCAAGCAAGCAAGCGAAGCGAAUCUAAGCGAUCCAAGCGAUCACGGCGCACUACGCGAUUUGAAGAUACCUUAAAGUUCUUACUUAAGUGAAGUUUAUUGAAGCUACAAUUAUGUCUCUGCUACCGUAUUUCUUCGACGACUGGAACGUGCGUCCCCGCUACCAUCACCACCACUAUCCUAGCCGGCUCCAUGACCAGCACUUUGGCCUCGCACUGAAUCCGGACGACCUGCUCGCCGCCGUCGCCGGGCCAGUCCUUUCGCGAGAAUACUACAGACCCUGGCGCCAUCUUGCUGCUGCGGCAAAGGACAUCGGCUCCAGCAUUAAAGCAGACAAAGACAAGUACCAAAUCAACCUGGAUGUCCAGCAUUUCGCCCCAGAAGAGAUCUCCGUUAAGACCGCCGAUGGUUACAUCGUGGUUGAAGGCAAGCAUGAGGAGAAGAAAGACGACCACGGUUACAUCUCUCGCCAGUUCACUAGGAGAUACGCUCUGCCCGAAGGUACUGCCCCAGAAACCGUGGAAUCUAAAUUGUCUUCCGACGGCGUACUGAGCAUCGUCGCACCGAGGAAAGUUCCAGAUGCCAUUAAGGGUGAAAGAAGCGUUCCUGUGACCCAGACCGGGCCAAUUCGGAAGGAAAUCAAGGACCAGAGCGAGGGUACGAACGAAAAGGAGGCGAAGUGAGCGAUCUGUGUAUCUUAGGUACUUACCUAUAUAAUUGUAAAAUAUUCAAUGUUUUAAUAUUCCAAAGUUUGGCAGUGCCAUGUUGAGACUGAUUUAAUUUUGUAUUACCUACUCAGUUUUAAGUUUUAAUAAAAUAUAUUUUAAAAUUAA